CAGUUUAUUGGCCAGCUGCUUGCUCCUGAGAUCACGUGUUACGUGACACUUGCGGUGAAAAGGACGUUCCACGUACGCCGCCUUGGCCAUGAGCGGCGCUCGCCAGCAGACCCGUGGUGCUAGUCUAGUACACAUGCAAGUACUUGUACACAUGUACGCUUUAAUAUGUAAAGCACCGCAAGCGUUUGAGGGGAUGUGGUUACGGUACUCACCUGCGGCAAGCUGUAUUUUCGUGCACUUUCAUUUUUCUUUGCCUUAUUAUUUCUAGAUGUCUCAAUUACACACGGCAAUCUACUUCCUCUACGGUUUCUCAGGCUUCGUUAUCUGCCACUCCUUAUCAUUGUGACAAAAAAACAAAAAUCGAGCCCCUCGAUUGCUCCCAUUCUCCUCACUAAAUCUUGAGCAACUCGAAGCGCCUGCCCCAAACUUCCACGGUUGUCCAGUAGACCUUGUCCUCUUCCUUGAAGGACUGAGGGGCUGUAAGACAAUGUGCCUCCCGUAAUGUUAGAACUUAGUGCACUUAUACGUCAGUGUAAGUCAAACGGACACUAUAAAGACCAACCUUAGAUCUAUUUAGGCAAGCAAAGUAUACUCCGAAACUUCCCUGGGCCUUUAUUUGGCGGGAAAGGGCUGAUUGCAAGGGCAGAUAAUGGAGGCCGCAGUUUACCUUUUUGAAUUUUGAGCUCAGACCGCAUCGCAAUAUAUUACUAACACUUCUAUGAAUCUUGGUAAAAUGGGUGGCCAGCCGAUCAGAGCCUCGUUAAAGCUUACAAUAGUUUUCAAGUAAACUUGUACAGACUUGAGUCAUCUCUGUGAAUGGUAUACAGCGUCACCUAAAGAAUUUAUUUUGGAAUCCACGCGGGCUUUGAACUGUUUGCUCUCAGCUGAUAUUGAUCUUGGUGUAUGCCUCCCGAGAGCUGAACAGAUGUGCGAAAGCUUUUCUUCUUUUUUGUCAUUGUUCCGGGACCUUUUCUAAGUUCAAACUCCGAAGUAUAGAACGGGAACACAUCCGUAAGUGUAUUCCGCUUCACAGUAACGCAUGCAAAAUAUUUAUUAACCGCACAGUGUUGUUGUUUAAACGCCAUGCUGCUAAUUAUUUCGCAAGAACAAGAGAAUGUGCCUGCGCGAAAUAGUUCCCGAGUGAAGCAUUCUUCUAGCAAUUUCGCUGGCAGCCGACGUUCUUCCCGUGUACGCGCACCCGUGACCGAGCAGACAACCAUACGCCCAGUCAGCCUUUGUGUUGCUGUCAAGGAUGGCGAUAAGCGGUACACGCCAUAAAGCGACCGGGCCCGCACUGCAACAGCGAUCGGCGCCCACCGCGUAGCAAUCGCGCCAUGGACUCUCCGAGGAGCUGACUUGUGGCAGUCGGCUGCUGCUGGGUCAACGUCUUCUCGUUCUGCAUGAUCCGCUCCGCAGCCGUCGUGUACGUGAGCAUCAUCGAGACGUUCCAGACGACACGAGAAGAAGCCGCCUGGCCGGUGACCCUGGCAGCCACAUGCUACUUUUCUGCAGCCCUGAUAGCAGGUAUACUUGCGAGACACGUGGUCGUGUGGAAGAUCACCUUUACCGCGUGCUUUGUUGCUGCUAUCGCGGUGUCCUUGUGCUUCUUCGCCACCGGCGUCACCUACCUGGCCCUCGUAUACGGAGUCGUUUACGGGCUAAGCGUCGGUCAGCUCUCCCUGUCAAGCACGGUGAUCAACCAGCACUUCACCAAGUAUCGAGCUGUUGCUUCUGGGCUCAACAUGGCCGGCUUCUCCGUGGGCGGUCUCAUCUUUCCGCCCACAAUCCAGUUCUUCUUCGACGAGUUCGGCUUCCGGGGUGCAUUCUUGCUCGCAGGUGGAACCAUACUAAACGGAACUGCUGGCACGCUACUGCAGCGCAUACCAGCACCAAAACAGGCUCCUCAGCCUGCACAGGAGUCUGCGGAAGUCACUAAACAGAACAUUCAAGACUCGGACACUACGGAGGGAGCGCGCGUGCUAUCAGAAUCCACCAGUACGUUGCACUGUCAAAAUGAGGAGUCAGCCAUCACGAAGCACAACUUGAAGAGCGGCGUGAAAAAUGCGGGUUUUGAGCCAAGCGAACCUGCCGACGGAAGCACCCCGACGGAAAACGUGCACGUGGUUGAAUGCAGCACAUGCUGUCUGAGCGUGAAAGAAAACAUCACUUGCGGGCGGGAUUCCCCCAAAACAGAAAGGAGAGCUAACUUGUCAGUGGAUGCAGAAGCUCCCAUCCGAAAUAUUCUUCGUGAAGACUACGUCACGCAUAAAGCGGACACGUGCCGAAAGGGUGCGCCGUUUCCGCUUCCUGUGCAUAAAGCGAAGCUAACGCUUAGUGCAGAGCAGUCUUCCAGCAAGCUCUCGAUAUGUGCUGCGGAAGUGCACCCUACAGAAGCGGCGCAGAGGACUUCCGGAGGUGUCAAGUCAGCGCUGCUGGCGGCCAAAGAACUGUUCAGUUUCCUCGCGCUUGCCAAGUACUACGUAGUGGUCCUGUCCAAAGUUGUUAUCGUCACAAAUGCAAUGACGUUUUCUACAGUUAUCAUCGACCUCGCCAUGGACCACGGCAUAAACAGAUGGAGGGCGCUCACUUUGAUCUCGGCGUACACAGGCAUGGACCUCACGGCCAGACUCGCUUCCGGGUGGAUCACAGACCGAAACUUUUUGUCCAGGAAAGCGUUGAUGGCGUUCUGCAUGUCAGUCUGGACGGCUGCUAACUUUUGCUUCGCAUUUGGUGACUCGUACGUUGUGCUCGUGAUUGUGUCUGGCGUGGCGGGCUGGUGCAAUGGUUCGACGCUGCCGUUGGUGCCGGUGUUGUACAUGGAGGUGGUGGACAUUGGUCGCUUCAGUGUUGCCUAUGGACUAAGUUCAUUCUUAGUGGGACUAACGGGACUACCAAGACCAUCUCUAACAGGUUACUUCAGGGACAAGCUGGGAAGCUACUCGGGCCUGUUCCUUCUGACCGGUACAUGCAGCGCGCUCUCCGCAAUGCGCUGGACGUACGUUACCGUGCGAGAAAAGUGCUGUCGAAACCGACAGAAAGAAUAAAGCUUGUACAAAAUCA